GUUGAUGUUAUGAAUGCUAAGCUAACUGGCUACACUCAAUGUUUUGUCUGACUCGUUCGUGUGGCAGAUAAACGAGAUGAAUUUUAGGUUUUGAGGCGUUGCCACCAAAUUUUGUACACAGUAUUUUUAGUUUAGGUUUAAAGAGCAGACAAGAGGAACACGAGAGGAGGAGCCUAAUGCAGUCUGCAGCAGAGACUGUGGAGAAUGCCUCCAUCCUGUCAGGUGGCUCGGCACAGGACGGUCAUCGGCUCUGGAUCGGCAACAUUGACCCCAAAAUCACAGAGUACCACCUAGUGAAGCUCCUGGAGAAGUUUGGCAAAGUGAAGCAGUUUGACUUCCUGUUCCAUAAGUCGGGUCCUCUGGAGGGCCAGCCAAGAGGAUACUGCUUUGUCAACUUCCACACCAAAGAGGAGGCUGAACGGGCUAUUCAGUGUCUGAAUGGAAAACUGGCACUUUCUAAGAAGUUAGUGGUGCGUUGGGCUCAUGCUCAGAAGUUCGAACCCUUCAGAGGAGACAAAAACCUGCCGGCCAGUUUAGAACCUUCAUCCAGUGAAGCUGAGGAGCUGCCAACCACAUUGAGUGUUAAUGCAAAGAUUCGUGCCAUCGAAGCCAAGCUGCAGAUGAUGGAAGAAAACCCAGAUGACUAUUCCGGCCCAUCUGCGUACAUCUACAACAAACCCCCCGAUAAGAGAGACAAAAGGUCCCAGCCCUACCACAAGCAGUUCCGCAAAUUCAGGAGAUGACCUCUCCAACAACUGGCCAAGUGUCGCGGACUGUGAGAUAUGCGGAGAUAAGCUGCUCUUGUCUCUUGGCCAGUGUGAGACUGUAACGUAUCAUGAGAAGACAGAGCCGAACACCUUUGAUUUGCAGUGCUGUUCUGUUUCUCGGCCAGCGGAGGAGUCUUUUUACUGUGAAAGACAGCUGAUGUAAGCAGAAUCUAACCACAAAAUUCUAGUGAAUUUAGUUUUGCCUUUUUUUGAACGUUGAUGUUACCCAAGUAAUUUCAGUUCUUCAGGGUUUAAAGGGAUAGUUCAGUCGAAAGACGACAAUUCGGUCAUCAUUUAUUCAACCUUAUGUCCUUCCAAACCUGUAAGAGGAUAUUUUGAUAAAUGUCUCCUCAUUUUUUGAGUCAAAGAGGUCCAAUGUUGUUUGAACCCUAAAAUAUCUUUGUUUGCGCUCCACAGAAGUAACAACAGUUAGGCAGAAAGUUCACUAUCCUUUUUAGAGUUUUGCACCUUUCUUACACCCCUUUCUUGAUAUCUUUCCAGAAUAUAUCUCUCAUUGUUUUUUUUUAAUUCACGUAAACUGCCCAGCGUGCUGCUUGCGAAAGUGUUGUUGUGUGUUGCGAGUCUUAUGAUCCUAAAUCUACAUACUCAGACUUUACCAUUCUCUGUUACACUGUUGUAUGUGUAAAGGAAGCACAAUAUGCAUUGUUUAUUUAACUAUUAAUAUCUUGCCUUUUUAAGUCUAAAGUGAAAAGGGCUUUUAUCACAUGAUCUGGAGAGGGGGCAUCACAACAGUGGAUGUCAUCAACAGUUUAGAUCAAGUGUAAAUAUCCAGGUAUUUUGAUAGAUUUUGCUCUUGUCGUGUCCAGAAAUAAAUGAAACGGUCCUCCUGA